AUGAUCCGCCGCGUGGCGCAAUCGACGCGCACGAUUAGAAUUCGCUUCACCCAGCCCCUGCGAGCAAUAACUGUGAGCGGCGAAAGUUCUGGCUCUGCCACCGCCGUAGACGGAAGUUUUGAGGCGCCUCAAAACGAAAGUUCUGGCUCUGCCACCCACCGCCGUAGACGGAACGUCGCCGUUCCUCAAGGCUGCUCCCGGCCCAAACGGAGAUUAACAGCGUCGCUGCCGUCUAUAUAUACCGUCAGAUUCCGUAUUCAGUCAGUCAACACUCGGCGCAUACGAGCACUAUUAGCGCAGCCUCGAGAAGUGAGAUCUGAAAGUAACAAGUUUGUCAUCGACUGUCUCGUUGUUCGCGCAUUCGACGCAGCCAUGGGUGCCCUUCUUCGCUUCGGUUUCGUCCUCGCUCUAACUUUCGCAUGCCUCUCCUCUCUCCACGCGUCGGCAUCGCCGGGAAAGGCGGCCCGUCUCCGUGCCGCCGAGAUUGACGCGAGUUCCAUUCGCGCUCUACAGGCGGCCUACCGCAGUCUGCUGGAAAGCGAGCUUGCGGCGGCUGAUUCAGCAAAUUCGGUGAACCUGGACAUGGCUGCGAGCGGCGGCGGGGAGGAGGAGAAAAUGGCGGCUGACACGGAUCAUGGCGGUGCGGAUGAGUUGCUAACUGAAACAGGGCGAGAGCUGUUUGGCUGGCAGGGCGUGAAGGACAAAUUCAACAACGCCAGAAACAGGGUCAGAAACAGCGUCGACACCGUCCGAAACAAGGUCAAUACCGCCACAAACAAAAUCGCGAAUGGCGCCAGAACGAGUGUCCAGACCGUGAAAAACACGGUCGUGACCGUCGCGAAUGACCCGAAUGUGAAGAGUGCGAUCGCGAAGGCGGGGCGCGCUGCAGGGGAGAUCGCCAAGGAGGCGGUGUCAACGAGCGGGCGCGACGCGCUCGUGAAUGCGCGUGAGGGGUUCGCCUCCGGCGGAGUGGCGGGGGCUGCGGCGGCGGGUGGCGGAACACUCCUGCGCGGCGCAGAGGCCGCGACUCUGCGCCGGAUUCAGAGCCGCGGCGCAGCGCCUGCAGCGUAG